ACUUUUUCUCUCAACAAGCUGCGACGCGAUCGGAACUUUAAUUCAUUUUACCCCAGGCCAUUAUUCUGCUACUUAUUCUGCUACUUAUUCUGCUACUUAACCGUUUCUGGUCUGAAGGAGCCUUAUAAUGCUACCUUGAAGUGGCCACUUUAGCACAGGUCUGCAUAUUACUUUCACCUGAUCGCAACCAGAUGCCAGCGUGGCCCGGUUGCGGAAACAACAUACAGUUGCAAAUGUUUGGAUUGGGUAGGUAUAUGAGAGACAGCUUAUUGGUUAGUAGCUUACCGGAUGACUCGGAGAUUCGUUUGAUCUAGGACGUAUGAAGCAAUCGUAUCAUUUGCUCCGUGCAUACCUAGGCACCUACCAAUGAGAUGACCCUCCUCGCCGGGUGCCUGCCUAGUAGGUGGGCAUAUAAGGGGACGGUAUGGUUUGAUUAUGUGGAUGAAUGAUUAGCCGGUGAGUAAACUCACCGGUCGACCAAACAACAUACUUGGGCCAUACUUCACAUCGCCUGCUUGUAAUCAACGAAAUGUCUCUCGACACCAAAAACGAGGAUGGGGUAAUAACGGGACCAACUAUAGUGUUAGAUUCACUAACACUGGACGAAAAGCCUAAGGAGCUGGAGGGAUAUCGUGCACCGCAGGAUACCGAGGACGAGAAGCAACUCGCACGACUCAAAGAGCUAUAUGGCGCAACCUGGAAUGGGCCUGACGACCCAAGUAACCCAUACAACUGGCCCGCAUCGCGGAAGGUAUUGAUCGGCCUCGUCUUUUCCUUUAGCCAGCUCGUAACUUUGAUGUCCGCGAGUAUUAUGGCUGCGGCCCUCGGCAACAUAUCCCACGACUUGAAUAUCGAUUCGUCGACCGCCCAGAUCACGCUCUCCAUAUACUUCCUUGGUCUGGGGAUUGGCCCAUUCUUCAUUGCCGCUCUCUGCGAAAUGAACGGCCGUAAGAGCAUUUGGGUCAUAAGUAACCUCUGGUAUGUCCUGUGGAACGCGGUAUGCCCGGUGGGAAAGUCUAAGGUUGUGAUGAUCAUCGGCAGAUUCCUUGCUGCUACAGGAGCAGGCGCCGGUACCAUACUCACAGGCCCUGUCAUGGCAGACAUGUACCACGCCGAAGACCGAGGAAAAUCCCUCGCUAUUGCGUCUUUCCUCCCGUAUUUGGGCCCGGCGCUUGGCCCCAUUGUCGGCGGUGUUGUCGUACAGCUUGUUCAAUGGCCUUGGCUGUUUUGGGCUGUGAGCAUCUUUGAUGCCUUCAUUACUCUAAUGGGGGUAUUCAUCAUAAGAGAAUCAUAUACACCGGUUCUCUUACGUCGCAAAGCAGCCAUGCAAGGCGAGCAACGCACCAGCCCAACUCCCAUGACAAGAGUCUAUUGGCAAGAUUUCUUUUCUCGGCUGGCGACGUAUCUUCGGCGGCCCAUUAGUCUCCUGAUUCGGCGACCGGUUGUUCAGGUUAUCUCUCUCACCCUUGGCUUGAACUUCGGAAUCUACACCUUCAUGCUUUCGACCUAUGCAACGCUUUGGAUCGACCAGUAUGGACAAUCGGCUCUGUUGAGUAGUCUACACUACAUAUCGUUUACGAUCGGCAUGGGUAUAGCUGCUCAAGUAGGAGGUCAUCUUAUGGAUAUUAUCUACAGACGCUUAAGAGAUCGACCGAAGAAUAAAGGCGAGAGUAAGCCCGAAUUCCGUGCCCCGUACAUGAUACCGGGUGUGCUCAUGGUUCCCGCAGGACUCUUCUGGUACGGUUGGUCUACCGAAUAUCGAAUCACCUGGGUUAUGGUCGACCUUGGCGCCAUCAUAUUCACUUGUGGAAGUGCUGUGUUGGCACAAGCUUUACAGGCGUACACCCUUGACAUAUUCGGUGAGCUCGGUGCGUCGGCGAAUGCAGCCACACGUCUUCUUUCGAAUGUGCUAGGAUUUGUUUUCCCGAUCUUCGCCCCUCAGCUAUACAGCAGCCUGGGAUAUGGCUGGGGGAACAGCUUGCUAGCAUUCAUCUUUGUAAUCCUGGGUGUCCCCGUACCGCUGUGUCUGUGGAAAUGGGGUGAGAAGUUGAGGCCACUGGGCAAAAGGUCAAACGAGGAUGACUGAACGACCGGAGUCUAGGACUGGUGCAUUGUUCACUCUGCCAAACGUGGGUAUAUACGAUGCUCUGACGUUGCACCUAUGCGAUCCGUUGCAAUUCACACGUAUUAUCAUGCAGCAACAUACGGGCUGCACACAAACCUAUCACAAAUCAUUAUUUUCUCACGUCGCAAUGUUAAAAUGGUCCUUU